UUUGAUCAGUUUUAACCCAUCUUUGUUAAUUGAAAGUAUUAAUUUCUUUGAAAAACAAAACUGUACAGUAUCUGAAUGUGAAUUUGAUAUGAAUUGACAUCAUAAAAACCAAAUCUGACAUAUCUUAUUUAAUACCAAGGACAGAUGAAUCUUUCGUGUUGUUACAUCACAGUCCCAUCUGUCAAUCCAUUAUCCUGUGGAUGACCAUCGAGAAACUGGAGACUGGAAAACUUAAGUCCCCACAUCUUAUAGGACAUUUGCAUAGUAAAAUUGUCCAGAUUGUAUUUUAUCCAGCAUGUUUCCAACUAUGUCUAAAUAGCAAACAAACAAAAUUUGAAUAGUCAAAUUCUGAACACUGAUUGCACGAGCAUUCAAUACUGAUUGUUACAUAUACAUAUGACAGCAAAUGCAGCCUCGGCGUGUGAGUGACACGCAUGAGCUUUACGAUCACCAUACGUGACAAAAAGUACAAUAAAUUCACUAAAUCUUUUGUUUUAGCUAGGCUCGUGUAAUUUGAACUGUAGUAAACAUGGUGCAUUUCUCUCAUUUUACCUAAUUUGUGUUUUCAGCAUUGACAAAGCCUGCUCUGAUUCACCCACACAAAGUCACUUUGCAUAAGAGAUUGCGUCCCUGUUUCUACAUAAGACAAUGCGCAUCCCACCAAAGCUCACAUCAGUGCAGGACUCCGCUCCGCGUGCUUCCCUCUCUGAAGAGCAACACCAUGACCCUCAUUGGGGACAUAGUUUUUUUUGUCGUAAUUGUGACAGUUGGAGUUUCUGGAAACAUCUUUAACCUCAUCUUUACUAUAGAACAGCAAGUGAAGACCAGGAGCAUUCAGACUGUCGGUUUGAUCCUAAACGUCAUCUCCGUCAACAACGUUAUCUUGGUAAUCGCCACCUUCGCACUGGUGUUUAGCGUCUUUCAGAAUCCCGUAAUUUGGUGCAUCAGGCCAUACCCUUUAUCUAUUCGCUCCGAAAUCUAUCUCAUGAUGAGCUGCAGCUUCACCAGCUUCUGGGCCAUUGCGUGGCUGAGUCUCUUCUACUGCAUCAAAGUUGUGAAUUUCUCCACCGAGUUUUUCCGAGCACUGAAGAGGAACAUCUCCUCUGUGAUCAACGCUGCAGUGCUGCUGAGCUGCGUGUUCUCCUCCUUGUUGUUCUUUCCUCUGUUUUCGCUCGACGUUUCGGAUUUAAUGGACAAAAAUCAAAACAUGAACGACAUUGCUAACUUGACCUGUCCACAGCCCUCCUUCACUAUAGAGAUGAACGCGAAUGCAUAUGCCGCAGCUAUACUUUGCCUCCUCUGCCCCAUCCCUCUGAUGGUCAUGCUGCCCACCUCUAUCAGAAUGGUCAUCCAUCUGUGCGCCCACACGUUGGCUCUCAAGAAGAACCAGACACAGGUGCAGGGAUCUGACUCGUACCUCCUGGUGUGCAAGAUCACCAUCUCCCUGGUGGGAGUUUAUAUGUCCACUCUGUGCAUCGUGGCUUUGUUUAUCACCAUAAGGUUAAUCGGGCAGUUUAUCACCUACCACACCUUAGCCGGUGCCUUUAGUUUUUACAGCGGCAUGACUUCUCUCCUUCUGACUGCUUCAAACAGGUAUCUGAAAGAGAAGUUCUGGAGCCUGUUCUGCUGUAGGAAAGCAGAGGAACAAGCUAGCAAAAGCCAGACAGUUGUCACAGGAGAUGUUUGAUAUGAGAAAUAUUACCUUUAUUUCAGGGACUUGAAUUAUUAAAAUCAAACAUUUGAUUUUAGUCACUUAAAAAUAAAGUAGUAAUAACAGAAACAUAGAAUUAAGAUUUAAUCACUUAGCUAAUUGCAUGUAACUGUUGCUAUUUGGUUGACUUGGUAUACUUUUGUUUGCUGAAUAAUCAGGAGAAUAACCAACAAAAUUUCAUAGCAAUUCUUAGCUAUUUUUACAUUUUGGUGAUGUGGUGACUAAUUUGAUUGAAUUUGAAUGAUUUUGAAUUUUAUCUGAUUACGUGGUUUAGGGAUGGACCUUAAUGCUUAAUUUUAUUAAUGCUUGUUUUUUUAUGAUUUUGUUCACGUUGUAUGAUUCUGUACUCAUUAAAUAUUUUUUUUUUUUGCCAUCGUGUUGGAAUAACUAGAAUAAAGUUAGUAUUUGUUUAGUAUUUUAUUAAAGCUUUUUUUUCUAGUUGCAUUAUUUUGGGUAAUGAAUAUAUAUUUGAUGUGAUGAUAAAAGCAUUUAUUUUGCCUUGUGAUCUAUGUAGAGAGACAUGUAGUCAUAUAUUUUAAAUGAAUUAUUUUAAGUUAAAUUUUAAAGUGUCCAUGUUAAAUGCACUUACUAACAAAACAAAUAUGCAGAAU